AUGAUGACCAUCCUCUUCAUUCGGGCUCUUUGGUUGCUUCUAGUUACCGUAAUCCAUCCAUGUGUCUCGCUUUUCUCACCGACUUUCAACGAGUUCCUCGUGAGUACUUACGGAAAGGAAUUUGCUGAUCGAAUGCUCAGGCUCGACAUAGGUCUACACGGAAGCUUUGGAGGAGGAGAUGGUGGACUAGUGAGAAGGGCUAGACAACAAAGUGUCGUGCUUGUUCAUGGACUUGGUGGUAGCGCCGGAGCCCUUGAAGUCCAACGACAACAUUUUUUGUUGGCAGGAUGGGAUGAAUCGGAAGUGUACGGAACGACCUAUGGAGAAGGAGAAAGAACUGUUUUGUUCGCGGACACUAUGAAAUGCGAGUAUGUAAAACAGAUCCGCUCAUUAAUACAAGCAGUGGCGGCAUUCACCAGAAAACGUGUAGAUGUAAUUGGUUACUCUAUGGGAUCUCCUAUUUCGAGGAAGGCGAUACUCGGUGGUAAGUGUGUGGAUACAGAGGAACAUCUCGGAGCUCCUCUUACAGAACUCGUUGACACAUUCGUCUCAGUUGCUGGAGCAAACUACGGCUCAAAUCUUUGUUUCCUGCCGAUUGCGAGACUUUGCAAUCAGGUCAAUGGGCUUACCUGUUCUUCAAAUUACAUGAAAGACAUAAACGCAAAGCAGCGAUACGAAGGGCUGUACAUCUUUGCGAUUUACUCACCAGAAGAUGAUAUAAAUGGAUAUCAAAGUACAUGUGGGGAUAUCACCUCGUCAGUGGCAGGAUCUGAUGAGGAAUUCCAAAGACCGGGUAAUCACGCGCUAGUGAUGGUGAGUACCGUGGACCUUCAAGCUAAUCUUAUAUCUUCGCACCGGGAAGACCGUCGAUGA